AUGUUGCUCACAUUAUCGCAGCCCGGGAAAUCAGAUUUUGGCGCACGUGCUACGCAUGACUUUAAAUCGACACAAUUACCCAGAUACUCUCCAAAGUCCAUGACGAACGACGCUGUACGACCUCCACUGCCGGCCAGUAUCACCCCAACCAUGUCGAACCAACACAGAGGCUUGCCUCCACCAGCGGCCAUGACCCUGCCGGAUCCAGGGAGGGCUCCGCCAAUGAUUCCCCCACCGCCGCCACCGGUGCAAGCGCCGGCGCAUAUCCACCAUGAGGCCCAAAGGACGCAAUGGCAGGACGAAGGGGAAUCAUCGCGUAGCUGGCAUGCGACUCGGGUUGAAGAGGAGAGACGAAGGCAAGAGGAAGAGAAGACACGGCAGGAGUCGUUGAGAUUGGAGCAGAGACGGGUCGAACAUUCAAUGCUGCGAGAGUCAAUGCAGGGUGGCAUUCCUCCGCAUAUGGUGCCCAUGAUCUUUGCAGGAAUCGGCGGUGCCAACCUGGCCAACUUCAGCCUCGAGGUCUUGCAACAAUACACUGCUCAACUCCAGGCCGCUCAACAACAGCUCCAGCAGUCCGGCCAGGAAGAUGCAAGGGAACGAAGAAGCAUCAACCAGCCUCCAGCCCCGUAUGCAUUGCCUUCACAACCGCAAUCGCAGGCACAUGCUGGCGCCAUGCCCCAACAGCCUCCGCCACCGCUGGCUGCCCAUCAAUCGACUUUCUCUGCCUUCCAAUCGACAUCACCUCCAGGCAGACGGAUUCCUGGAGCGCCUCGGUCAUCCGUGGCUCAAUCCACCCUGCCUCGUCUGACAACUGGAGACAUGCAGGUCAAUCCACCUCCGUCGGCGCCGAGCAGCGCUCACCCUCUGCAUCAGACUCAAACCAUUCAGAAAGACCAGCCGGCCUCGUCACCGUCCAUCUACUUCCACCACUGGGUGCCACCGACGUCACAGGCUGACUCCAAGUCGGGUAACCAGCCGCAGACCCCAGUCACGGGCACAGGUGCAUCGCACAAUGCUGAAGCCGGCCACCACCCAGCAGACAGCCCUCGCAAGCGCAAGAACCAGCAAGCCCACCAGCCGCCUCCGCCGCCAUCGUCGCUUCCAGCUCAAUCUCAAUCAAGCCCGAGUUUUUCCACCACUUCUUCCGGACGUAAAGCUGGCCCUGCCCAGGACCUUGGCCGUAGCAACGCCUCACCUCGCGCUGUUCCCGGUCAAUCUUCGCAUCGUCGUGACAGUGGUGCUCCUGCUACACAUCUUGACUUUGUCUAUGAAAGGGGUGCUCCGCCAAGCAAGAGUCAUCAGCAGCAUCAUUACUCAUCGCACCAUUCCACUGCUCCUCCGAGCCCUAAGAGGGAUGUCCGUCAUCAAUACUGA